GUGCGCACAGCACGUGCAGCUGUAAGCGCGUUUUGACAGCUUUAUACAAGCAUGACGCUGUAGCGAGGGUAUCAAUAUAUGAUAAGUUGCACGUGUGUGUUGCAUCAUCCGCUUAUUCCUGCUGUUUUUCCGUUCUCGUAUCCGCUUCAGGCGCUUGUUAUUAUCAAUAUUCAGAUAUCUUUAAAAAGUCGUAUAGGUUGCUUGCAUACGAAACAAUGCUGUCGUUAAAUGAUCGGUAGGGAAAUCUCAGAAUCUAGUGGACCGGAUAUCAUCAGAUAGUAUACCUUCCAAAAUCAAGAAUGGAAGAAUCAAAAAUUCAUUUUUCGGUAUGGGAUUAUGUUGUAUUUGCUUUGAGUCUGAUUCUUUCUCUGGCGAUCGGCCUCAGAUAUGCUUUCACUGGAGGAAAACAAAUGACAACAUCUGAAUUCCUGAUGGCUGACAGAAAAAUGCGAUAUGGUCCAGUUGCAUUAUCACUUAUGGUGACCUUCAUUUCUGCAGUCAGUGUUCUCGGAGUUCCUGCUGAGAUAUUUGUGAAUGGGACGGACUACUGUUAUCUCGCAGUGUCAUAUUUCCUAUGCUUUCCGAUUGUGUGUCAUAUAUUUAUACCUGUCUUCUAUAAGCUCAAAAUAACUUCAGUUUAUGAGUAUCUUGAGCUGAGGUUCUCUAAGUCUGUUAAAAUAUGUGGAACAGUCGUGUAUAUGCUUAUGCUCAUCAUCUAUAUGGGUGUUGUUUUAUAUACACCAGCUCUAGCUCUGAACACAGUAACAGACAUUAAUGUGUGGAUAUCAGUAGUUGUUCUAUGUGCGGUGUGUACUGUAUAUACUACCCUUGGCGGUUUGAAAGCAGUUAUUUGGACUGAUGUAUUCCAGGCAACUGUGAUGUUGGGUGGUCAAGCUAUUGUUCUUAUUCUCGGUGUUGUAAAAGUAGGGGGAAUGGAUGAAGUUUGGAGAAUAAAUACAGAAACAGGAAAGCUGUCUUCAAUUUCAUUUAAUCCUUCUCCGUUCGAAAGACACACAUUUUGGACUUUGGCGAUUGGUGGAGCUUUCAUGUGUUUAUCUUUGUAUGGAACAAGUCAAACUGCUGUUCAAAGAUAUUUGAGUUGUGAAACCAUGAAAGACGCACAAAUAACUGCCUAUCUCAACGUACCUCUUCUAAUCAUUGUUAUGAUUAUCAAUGGAUUGCUCGGCCUUACUGCAUAUGCAACAUACCACUGUGAAAAUCCAUUAGCCACGGGUGCAAUAUCUAAAUCCGACCAACUUCUGAUUUUCUACAUGUUAGAUGUAUUGAAUGGGUAUCCUGGUUUACCAGGUAUUUUUGUCGCUUGCUUAUUCAGCGCCGCUCUCAGUACGAUUUCAUCAUGUUUCAAUGCACUCGCUACACUUACAAUGCAAGAUCUUGUCCAGCCCUUUGUUGAUUUGUCAGACAGGAAAGCUGUUUUAUAUUCCAAAGUUCUGGCGUUUGGAUAUGGUAUUGUCUGUCUUUUGAUGGCAGGUAUUGCAUCAACAAUGGGUAGUGUUUUGAUUGCUGCUAUCAGUAUUUUUGGUAUUAUUGGAGGUCCUCUUCUUGGUUUAUUUGUACUUGGGAUGUUUUUUCGAAUUGCUAAUACCAAAGGAGCACUGAUUGGAUUUUUCACUGGAUUGGUUUUCAUAUUUAUUGUCGGAUUCGGCAGCAUUUUUUAUUUUAUUUUGGAAGUUCCAAAACCUACAUAUGAACUCAGAGAUGAAACAUGCAAUUUCACUGUGACAUACGACUCAAAUUACACAACCGAAUCAAAUCUAAAUAUUUCUAUGAAUUUGUAUAAUAUUACCAACACAACUCAACAAACUGUGAUCCAUGAGAAACCUAAAUUAUACGAAGGUUUUUAUUCCAUCUUCAAAUUAUCCUACCUAUGGUACAGCGGGAUAAGUGGACUUGUUGUCAUCAUUGUCGGCCUUAUUGCAAGCUGGAUUACAUCGCGAUGCGAUGAAACUGACAACAUAAAUGAAAGAACACUUCAUCCUUUGGUCCGAAGAAAGCAAAUCAAAACAAAUUUAUCAACAGCACCUCUAGUUGAAAACAAGAAUGCUAACGAAACUGGCAUUCAUUUAAAUGUUUUAUUAGGUCAAGAAAAUGAUGACAUGAAGUCUGUGGAAACACAAAGUUUUCUUGAGCGCUCAUGAGAGUAAGAUACGUAGUAACAUUUGUACUAACUUGUUGACCUUCUGGUUACAUUUCGUGCCAAAUCCAGUUAAUGUAAUUUGUCUCGUGAGUGGCAUUUCUCGCAACAUUCAUAACAAAUGCCUCAAAUACUUAGUCUUUCAAUACACAAUCCAAUCUACAAAAGGAAUGAAUGAAAUUUUGAUUUUUUUUACAUUAUCAAAAUUAUGUCAUCUGCCACCUUCAAGAAUUGAGGAAAUUGAAUGUUUUUUUGGUAAUUUCAAAAAAGUACAUGUGGCAAGUAUGACGAUAAUGCUGUAAAGUUAAUUGAAAUUAAUUGCAAGCGGAAUUGUAGUAACUUGAACUUUUUUAUAUGAUCACCCUAAUGGGUCAUGACAUUUUAUGUAGAAAUUUAAAUUAUCUUAUUAUUUACACCAUGUCAAACGUACUUGUAUGUUUUGCCUUAUGUUGAAUUAUUUUUACCUACUCUUUCCAUCGUAUUUAUUUAGUUCAUAAUUAAUUAUUUAUUUAAGUGCAUGCUAUAUGCAUAGCAAAAUAAAUGAAAUGCUCACUUCCGCCAAAGUCUUGAAUUUUCAUACUCAAUUAAGACUCGUUUAUACACACCUUGCCCCACUAUUUGUGUUCCAAAAAAUGAAAAAUACUUUGAAUAAGUUCAUGUUUGUUGGCCUAAAUACACUCGUUGCUUCUAGUUUAGUUCAAUCAUGCCUUUAUUUAUUUACUUCUUACAUAGUCCAUAUGCAUAAAGGAGAAGAAUUUUUUGUGCCAAAAAAAUCCGUACUAACCCAC